AUGCUUGCACAGGCCCCGACGUCGCACAUGGCAGUCGAUCAACUGCUGGGAACGUUGCGCCACGCUGCCCUCUGCAUGUCGGUCGCGCCCGUUUCUUCUACCAACGUUUGCGCCGUCUCGAGCCGACUCACCGCCGCUCGGACGCGGUGCCGCUCCUCCGCGCGGCGCGACUACCUUCGGGUUGCCUUUACGCCGGACGAACUCGCGGCCGUUGCCACCAACAACGUGCAGCAGGACGUCGGCUUCAACUUCAACAUUCGCGAAGCGAUGGAUAUCGCUUCUGCAAUUUCGUGUGGGGUCCCGCAUGGACCUCACCUCAUUCCUCGACACGCAUUGCGGCCCGUGUACGACUUUGACCCGAUAACUCCGCGGCCGUCGCUUGGUACAACCGACGACGCGCCCGGGGUGCGCUCGCACAUGCUUACCCUGCGGGUGGUCGCCCCGUAG